GGUCUCACUGCUUUUCCAAGACGACGACGGACGACGGAACGCCACACGGCACACUUGGAUUGGGGUUCGCUCGGUCGGCUCAGUAACGUUUUGGUGCUCGCGAGAAUCGUUUCAUCUGCUGGCUACGAGUCGCGUUUUUGGCGUGUCGCACGAUUUUUUUUGUUGGGUCUCCGAGCCCUCUCUCAGUUGUGUGUACCCCGAAAUCCGGUGAACCAAAAUUUGUAACAAAGGGCACGACGAAUUGUUUUUUGCUCAAAAUUGAGGUUGGUUCAGUGCAGUGAAAGAUUAUUACUGAUUGUUCACAGUCAGUGAAGACAAGUGGUUGUGGAUUUUUGUGGUGUGGAAAGAUAGCGGUGUCUCAUUCGACAGAUUAGAAGUGAGGAUUCCGAAUUGUGGUGAAAAUCCGGCAAGAAUAAGGAAAAAAAGAACACUUAAACUUCGUGCUGACAGCCGUUGGAAAGUAGCGAAAAGUUUGCUCAUCGGCGAAUACGAAUUGCACCUGUCCAAAGUGUAUACUUAUUUGUGUGAACGUGUGCAACCGGGGAAGGCGGAAAGUAUCCCAAAAGUAUCAGAUUCAGCCGCCUAGGAAAAUCGUCAGCUCCCCCGUAAGUGAUUCCCUCCGAGGAGUGUGGUGUGUCGGAUAAAGUAAAAAAUAAAUAGUUUCCCGUGUGAGUGGAAUGGUAGAGGUGCUCACGUGAAAGUUGUACGACGAAGGCGACCACGACGACGUGAGCUAAAUUUUUCAGCCUCAGUGAAAAGUGUGAACACAGAAAAUUGGAAAAGUUUUUAAUUAAAACCCACGAUCUACGGUUUGGGGCCCAUCCAGUUUCGGAAAAGGUUUUCUCUGUUUUGGAGGUAUUGCUUAAAACGUAGUUUUUUGUGUUUUUUGGAGUUUCGGUGUUUUCGAGGAGUAAGUGAAAUACAGGCAUCGUCAGCUGGCAACGAAGUCCAUUUUGUCAGUUUUACGACUUGAUCAGGUACGUGAGUCAAAACAUCACGGAUUGAAGUAUGAGACUGAUGUGACGUAACAUGACAAGAUUACGGCUUUGAUUGGAAGAUACCCACACAGGAAAGAGGGGGGACUCACCACGGCCCUCCGCGAAUAGCUGUAAAAACCGGACCCUCGAUUGACGGCGGCAAAUCGGACACGGACAUAGGGGCGGCGGAAUGCAGUGCGGCGUUGAAACCAUGAAUGACUGCGAACGAUCGCCGGGUCGCACCGGCCUAAGGGUCAACUUCACCGAGAAGGGCGAAGUGAAGGAGCGUCGGGAGAAAUUCCUGACCGCCAAGUACGGAUCACACCAGAUGAGCCUGAUCCGGAAGCGGCUGGCCGUGGAAAUGUGGCUGUACGACGAGCUGCAGAAGCUGUUCGAUCCACCGACGGAAGCGAUAGAUGUCGAUAUUGACGAAAUUCUCGACAUGGAUACCGAUGACAUCAGAAGAUCUCACCUGUUUAGCUUACUGUCGACGUGCAAACGACCACCACAGGAUAUAUCGAAAUUCAUCAGCGACCUGCUGGACCGGGCGAAGACCCUUUGAGCUGGACUGGUCAUUUCAGUUUAAAUUUAAUUUUAAUUAACAAAAAAUCUUCACAAGUAAGGACACAUUACACAUAUAAAAGUAAGAAUAAUAAAGAUUAAUAUUAAUGGAAAGUUUGCUAAGCAGCAUGGCGCGCAUUGAUUAUAAAAAAAAGAAAGGAAGCAUAGCAAAGUGUGUACGCGUGCUUUACACUGAAAAUAAAGACAAAACGCAAACGAUUGUGGUAGAAUUAAGCGACAUCUCUCUUAUUGAAAACAAAAAUGGACUUGUAGUAUCAAUUACAGUGGAAGCCGAAGAACAGAAUACAGACAUAAAUAAUUGGACAUUUCAUCAGAGUCAUCACAGUUGGGCAAAAUUUAUUACACAUCUAUAAAACUUAAGUGAAUGUUUUAGGUUUAGCAGUAGUUAAGCAUUUGAUUGACUUCCAACAGGCGAUUGAGGUGAAAAUGGUUUGAAGAACCGCUUCUUUCUAAAUCUCGCCACCGGAUGGCAAAAAAAAAAAAAGAGAAAGCACACAAACGCGAAACAAAAACCAGACAAAGGACGAGAAAGAUUUGAUUUUCUCCAAAGAAUAAUUUUACUUGUAAGCACUUUUAAGAUGUAGAAAAGUGAGCGCGGAAAUUGUGAGCAGUAAAUGUGGGUAGCGAUACAAAUUAAGUUGUAAGUAAUUUAAUCUACUUUGUUUUGUUAACUAUGUACCUUUAAGUCGAUUUGGAAAUACCCCUGCGAUACGCAUUACAACGAUGGUUGGCAAGAUCCCUUAUCCCUCCUCACGAUUAGCAAGACUAUGUGUGUUUAUAGGAUCCUUUCCGUCUGAUCGAACCCCUCUGGAUGCGUUGGUCCAUAAAAGUACACUGCCAGGAAAUUCGAAGUCGCUGCCAUCCACGUGGGUGAGAUCCAGGCAUUUGCUCAAGAAUGAAGAAACUCACGAACAAUAACGAAGUAAACCAUGCUCCUUGCAACCGCCUGCCUAGAUUUACCAAUUCUCAUAUAUGAACCACCACAAUUCAAGGCCUGCUACAAUAGUGAUCUAAUAAAUGCGCCAAUUUAUGUAAAAUUAUGUUGUAACUUUUAAAAUGAAAUAUUUCGUGAAGUAAUUAAUACUUUUCAGCGAUACUUUUAAAUGUGCAUUUUCUCGCGGGUUUUCUGAUAAAAUGAUUGCUCACUAAUAUUAAGUGACAUUUUUUUAUUAAUUCAGUAGAUUUUUGAGAAUUCACUUUAUUUCUGUACCUUUUCAAAUAACAGUCACUAUAAGCCUUCCAAAAUACAUUUUACUCUAUUUUUUGUGUUUUAUAUUUGAACUUAUUUUCUGCAUUUGUAACGUCACGAGAAUUUUUUUCUAUCUCUCAUCCCCCACUUUUUGUUGUAGCUUUACUCCCACAUUCAACCAAAUGUUCAUCAAAAAAACUAAUUUCUUUACUCGUUUUUUUUUCGCUUCUGCGAUCAAAUACUGCGCUUCUAUUUCACAGCCUACUGCGUAAUGAUAUUUGCACAUGAAUUGUAAUUUUACAUCAAAUCAUUAUCACCGUGUCAUCAUAUCAUCAAAUUAUAUGCAAAACAAAACAAAAAAAAUAAGAAAGGGUUAUCUUAAACGCAAGCACACAUGAACACAUUUACCUUUCUCUUAGAACAACAAUAUCAGUUUAAUAUAGAAGCGAUGUUGCGUAGUGUUUUCACUGUUCAAGCUAUUCAAAUUGCUGUAAAACUUCUAGAAAGAGUGCGAUUUUGAAUUGACAAAAAAAAUCCUAUAUAUCUUACUCAACUUAAUCUCAAUGAGAAUUACACACACAAACACACACUUACAUCCACAAACCUGUACAUCCAAUUAGUGCACACACCUCCACAACGAUUCCCAUCCUCAUGGAAGUCCUCCCAAAAAAAAAACAAAACCCGAAAUAUUAAUGAAAAGUAAAUUUAACAAAUCCAACAAAAACACGAGAGUGGAUCAACAAUUACAAAAAGAAAAAAAACGGACAGACAACAGAGAAGCGAUAGCUUUAGCUUUUAUCGAAAAGAAAAACAACAACAAAAAAAGAACAUGUAACAAUAGGAAACGAAGAUACAUAUUAGGUGCCCUUUCGUGUAAUGAAAGCCAAAUAAAAAUCUGAAAAACAA